CUUAAACCAGCCAGUCGUAGUCAAGUCGUCAAAAACGACGCGCGGCGCUACGGUGUCCGUGAAAUAGGAAGUGCAGUGUAUAAUCACCUUUAUGUCAAACGUUUAAUUUGUUUAUUUUUUUUUGCUUAUGUUUUUUUUUAUAUAAGAGGACUGUCAAUUUGAUUCUUGGAUAUUGAUUAUUGGUACGAGUCAACGGCACUUAGAAGAAAUUAAAUAGUGUUUCACUUUCGCCGUACGCCACGCGCGCCAAAUAUUCUCACGGCGAAACCGUGCGAAGGAAAAUAGUAAGAAAAUGUUCUUUACGACAAUAAGAGGCAAGAUCCGAUGCGGCAGGUGAACGAUGAAACGGUUGCGAUAUAUCGGCGAUACUGCGAAAUCUUUACCACGAGUCCGGUUAAAACCAGAUGUUCACCGAUGCAUCCAUGCCGUGCUGUGGUUGCUGGUUGUUCUUCAAGUUGUGGCAGCUAACAGACCACCGCGUUUCCUUAUCGAUGGACGUUCAGAAAUUGUCAUAAGGUUAAAGGAAGGCUCUGAAACGCCUGUAGGUAGUUUAAUAUACCGGUUAAGGGGUAUUGACCCCGAUGGAGACGCAUUGCGAUUUGGUAUCCGAGAGCAAGUCGGUAGUGAUAUAUUAAGAAUUGAAGCCAUUUCUUCCAACGAAGCUAAUAUUUAUUUAGUUAAGGAAUUAGAUAGAGAGGUGCGCGAUGAGUAUUCGUUCGUUUUAACGCUCACAGACGGACAUUUAGGGGAGGGGAACUUCAUCACGCAAAGCUUUUUGCUGCUAGUAGAGGAUGUAAAUGACAACGAACCCGUUUUUAAACCCUACCCCUCAGCGAUUACGGUCAAGGAAGACGCGCCACCUGGCGUUUUGUUCACGGUCGAAGCAACCGAUCUUGAUGAAGGGGCUUAUGGACAAGUGCUGUACAAUUUGCAAGAACUCGACGGCGAUAUAGACAACUUCGCGAUACAAACUGUGAACGGUAAAGGAGUGAUACGUCUAACAAGUCGCUUGGACUAUGAACGCAAGUCGCUGUAUCAGUUACGGGUGCUGGCGGUGGACAGGGCGAACCAGGGGCGCGUGAACACGGGCACUGCUGCCGUGCUGGUGAAAGUGCAGGAUGUUGAGGAUCAGCCGCCUGAGUUCGUCGUCGCCAGCCCUGUUACGAGGAUCAGUGAAGAUGCCCCCGUUGGUACAUCUGUUUUGCAAGUGCGGGCCAUUGAUGGUGACAGGGGUAUCAACAACCGCAUAUCCUACAGCAUCAUAUCUGGUGGUGAGGAGCACUUUGACAUUGACAGCAGCUCUGGCACAGUCUACACCGUCAGCCCCCUGGACAGAGAGGACCCUAACAAUAGCAAUGGAGCUUAUAUUUUGGAGAUUUUGGCUACUGAGGAAUCUCAUAUGGUGUCCCCUUUACCCAGUGCUACUACUGAAGUGACAGUCAUAGUGACAGAUGUAAAUGAUGAGAAGCCAAGAUUCAGGAGCCUAAAAUAUGUUGGUGAGAUUAUUGAGAAUGCCCAACAAAACACACCUAUAACAUUUUUACAAGAUGGUGUGCCUGAGGUGUUUGAUUAUGACCAGGGCAAAAAUGGAACAUUUGAACUCUAUUUAGUGGGUGACAAUGGUGUAUUUGAUGUCACACCAUUCAAGGGUAUCAAUGAAGCAUCCUUUUUAAUAAGAGUGAACAAUCCCAUGUAUUUGGAUUAUGAGAAAGUUACUGUUAUGAAUUUUAGUAUAGUUGCCAAAGAAAUUGUAUCCAAAGACCCCAAAAUGAGUGUUGUCCCAAUAAUGGUACACAUAAAGGAUGAAAACGACAACUUCCCAGAGUUUACCGAGUCGCUAUACACUGUGUCGAUACCAGAGAAUUGUGUUGUCGGCACUACAGUUGCUUGGGUGCAGGCCUUUGAUCAGGAUUCAGAUAAUUACGGCACUAGGGGCAUUCGUUACACUAGCUUAGGAGGCAGCAUUGCUCAUUUGUUAUUUCUCAACCCGAUAUCGGGCGUAAUAACUGUGAAGGAAGCGGGAGUUGACAGUUUUGAUAGGGAACUGGUGUCGAGGCAUUACCUAACUGUUGAGGCGAGAGACGAUCAGGGCAAAGGCAAUAGAAACACCGUUCAAUUAAUAAUAAACAUCGACGAUGUGAACGACAAUGCACCUAUGUUUCUCGCUAACAAAUACGAAGCGAGGCUAUUAGAGAAUGAAAAAGAAUUUGAAAAUCCACUCAUUUUAGAGGCGCGAGAUAUUGAUUUAAAUGGUACAAAAAAUAGUCACAUAGAAUAUUCAAUAGUGGGAGGCGAUUAUAAACACAACUUCUCAAUAGAUCCUAACUUGGGCAUCAUUACACCGGUCGGUGGUCUAGACUUCGAACAAAUACCUGGAGAUAACAGCAACAUUCGACCUGUACAUUUAACUGUCAGAGCUCGAGACUUUGGCACGCCGUCGCUCUCGUCGACCGUGCCCGUGACGAUAUACGUGCAGGACGUGAACGACCACGCUCCGCUGUUCACGCAAAUGAUCUACAAGCGGUCCAUUCCCGAGGACAUGCCCGGCGGGACUAGUGUACUUGAGGUGAAAGCUCGCGACGGCGACGGAUCGUCGCCCAACAAUCGCGUGGUGUAUCGCAUACAGCGCGGCGCGAGCGACAAGUUCGUGAUCGACUCGCGCACGGGUCUCAUCUCUGUCGCCAACGGGUCGUCGCUGGACCCUGAUAGAACGGAUCCGAAGACAACGAAGUACACUCUUACUGUGGUGGGCAUCGACGGCGGUAUAGGUGACCAACAACUGAGUGCAGCCGUCAUAGUGAAUAUAACCAUUGUAGAUGUCAACAACAAGCCACCCAUCUUGCUUGAGCCUGGAGUAGUGCAUGUAAUGGAGAAUACUCAGGUGGGCACAACCAUAUACCGCGCGCAGGCGCACGAUUUAGACGAGCAGCCGGUGCUUCGGUUCGCGUUGGACAAAACGGCAAGUUACGCCAAGAACGAGGACGGCGUGCCCGUGUCUGCUGCUGAGUACGAUUAUCUGUCGAUAUGGGACUUGAACACUGUGGACGGGACUUUGAGAGUUGUGAGAUUGCUAGACAGAGAGAAAGUAGAAAUCAUUAAAUUGACCAUCACAGUAGAAGACAUGGCCGCCAUAGACGGUGGACCUUUGCAAACCGCGUCAGCCACUUUGACCAUAAUGGUAGAGGACGAAAAUGACAAUAACCCCAAAUUCAGAAAACCAUUCUACAAGACUUCGAUCACGGAAAACUCCAAGAACGGAAUGCAUAUCGAUACUGUGAUAGCCGAUGAUGCUGAUAAGAAUAGGACAAUGACUUAUUUUCUGGAAGGAUCAGAGGAUCUAUUAAAUCUAGUACACAUGGAAAGUACAACUGGAGAGUUGGUGGUGGCGAGCAAAAUAGACCACGAAACGCAUUCGUGGUUGAAUCUCACAGUGAAGGCGGUAGACAGCGGCCAUCCACCUCGAUAUGCUGUGGUAGAUUUGGUUAUACAGGUUUUAGAUGAAAAUGACAACAAUCCAAUAUUCGAAAUGUCGCCAUUCGAAUACCGAAUAAAGGAAGACGUGGAGCCCGGCACAACCGUCGCGAACAUUAUAGCCAGAGACGCUGACUCUGGGGAGUACGGGAAAGUCACUUAUCUUCUAGACAGAGUCUCUACUCAGGGAAAAUUCCUAAUAAACGCAGACACGGGCGCUCUAAAAGUAUCUGACUGGUUGGAUAGAGAAACGCAAUCUUCUUAUAACCUCGUGGUGGAGGCUUGGGAUAAUUACCAGUUUGGUUACCUUAGCGGGGAGAGCAGGAAUGCCUUUAAACAGAUCAUUGUUCAAAUAGAAGACGUGAACGAUAACCCACCGAUACUGAACCUACCGUCGGAAUGUACCACUAUAACAGAGUUCCACAACCACCGGGAAGCGAUCGUUUCUGUAUCGGCGACAGAUGCGGACGAUAACAAUACGCCUAAUGGACGAGUGCAGUUUCAUCUAGUGGCAGGGAAAGGACAUGAUUUAUUCCGAUUCGAGCAAGUUGGGGGAGACGCGAACACAGGUCGCCUGUUCGCUAAGCAGUCGCUAAAAGAUAGAUUCGGCAAUUACACUUUAAUAGUGGAGGCGCGAGACCUCGGCGUACCGGCCAAUGUGAUGAGAGGAGAGCUACACCUCUGUGUCACCGACUACAACGACCAUGCGCCAAUAUUUGUGCACCCGCCUCAAAAUGUUACUGUCAAAGUACCUGAGAACGCAACAAUAGGCACCACUGUUUUGGAAAUCCACGCCAUAGAUGCAGACAUAGGACCCAAUGGUGCGGUCCGGUAUAGGCUACGACAGGACGCGCAAGGCUCUUGGAGGGCCUUCACCAUGCACGCUACGAGCGGGGCACUGAGGACUGCUCGGUCACUGGAUCGAGAUAAACAAACUACUUAUCAGCUAAGAAUAGAAGCAUACGACCUCGGAUUGCCGACACCUCUCAGUUCGGACCUAGACCUUACGGUCUACGUGCAAAACGUUGACAACUACCGCCCAAGGUUCCCAUACAAACACAUACAUUUGAACAUCACCGAGAACGUUAAGGGCUACUCCACAUACUUGCCAAGCGUGAUCGAGAGAGAUGAAAUAGAUAGGGGGGAUGAACCGGUGUUGCCUGUCUGCUAUUAUAUUGUGGAGGGUAAUGAUGAUGCUGUGUUUGAUGUUGACAGGAAUACGCAUAGGUUAACAUCAAAAUCUCUAGACAGGGAACAGAAAACGCAAUAUUUGCUCACAGUACUAGCGACGGAGGAUUGUUUGGCCAAACCAGUGUAUGACGAAAACUUGCACGGAAUCAGUACUCUGAAGGUGCAUGUCUUAGUAAACGAUGUCAAUGACAACAGUCCGCGAUUUGUGAGCAAGAUAUUCACUGGUGGUGUCACUACUGAAGCUGAUUUUGGUAUUGAAUUCAUGCAUGUAAAGGCAAUAGAUAUAGAUGAAGGUAUGAAUGCUAAAAUUACCUACUACCUGAUUGGUGAUGUGAAGGAAACUUUGACGGAAGGUCUGGAAAAUUUGGCAGUGUCGCCGUUUUUAGUGGCUGUUGACACUGGUGCUGUUUCUCUCAACUUUGACCCGCAAAAAGGGAUGAAGGGAUACUUUGACUUUAAGGUUUUAGCCAACGACACCGACGGUUUAGAAGACGUCGCCCAUGUGUUCAUAUACCUCCUCCGGGAGGACCAAAGAGUGCGUUUCGUUUUACGCGCGCACCCAUCCGAGAUACGGGACAAAGUCAACACCUUCCGUGAACAACUAGCUCGCGUUACUAACUCGGUAGUUAACAUCGAUGAUUUGCGAGUACACGAAAACAAAGAUGGCUCCGUGGACAAUACUAAGACGGAUUUGUAUUUGCAUCUAGUUAAUGGUGAAGAUCACUCCGUGUUAGAAGUGGAUCAAGUAUUGAAACUCGUUGACAAGAAUAUAGAGCAGCUUGAUGAAUUGUUUAAGGAAUUCAACGUGCUGGAUACGCAGCCAGCGGAGUACCAGCCCCUCACCGCAGACACGUUGUCUUCCAACCAAACGGUGUACUGGCUUGUGUGGACCACGUUGUUCCUAGCCAUACUGUUGGUGCUCGUUGUCAUGAUGUGUCUGUCGCAGAGGGCGGACUUUGUGCGGAAACUGAAGGCCGCCACUGCCGCUGCUUAUUCAUCCCCAACACCGGGCGAGUCCGACAUGACGAUACGUAGUUCUGGCGGUCGAGUGCCCAACACAAACAAACACAGCACGAAAGGCUCCAACCCGAUAUGGCUUCACGCGUACGAAAACGACUGGUACAAGUCUGACGACCAACUGAGCCACUCAGAGAGAGAUUCCCUCGACGAAAACGCCGUAGAUCAAGACAUGUCCAACGAAAAACCGUAUUUCAUUACCACAGCCGCUUUCCCCUCCAUACAAUCCGAGGGGAACGCUCAACCGAAUCAAACAAACUACGACUUCUACCAACAACUCGAGCAGAUGAAGAAUGCCAAAAACAUGGAAACGACUGAGCUGUAAUUUGUACGAUUAAAUAUGUGCCUUCAAUUAAUUAUGUACCUACCCUACUUUAUAAUGUUUGUAUAUUAAUAAUUAUAAAAUAAAUAAAAAUAUUAGAAUUUA